GCGACGAGUUGCCUUUUUCGGAAUACAUAUAAAAAAACAAAAACUUUUUUUCUGAACCAGCUCCCGUUUCCUCUAGCCAAAAGAUUCGACAUGCGCCCCAUUUUGCUUCAAGGACACACGCGUUCGUUAACACAAAUUAAAUACAAUCGCGAGGGCGACCUUCUCUUCUCCGUAUCGAAAGAUAAGAUUGUCAAUGUAUGGUACUCGCACAAUGGUGAACGAUUGGGCACCUACACUGGCCAUCUUGGUAGUGUGUGGACCGUCGAUGUCAACUCUACAACAACGUUGCUCAUUACCGGAUCUGCCGACAACACAGCCAAACUCUGGGAGGUCCAGACGGGCAAGUGCUUGAAGACUUGGGAAUUUAAGACGGCCGUAAAGCGUGUCGAAUUCAGCGAGGAUGAUACCAUGGUACUGUGUGUUACCGAAGAGCGAAUGGGCUACUCGGGCUCUGUUACUGUUCUCCCAAUCAAUGGCGAUAUCAACGGCAAGCAAUCGGAUGAACCUUUGGCUACCAUCAUCAACGAAGGACCCAAGGCUGUGGUUGCCUGCUGGGGCUACUUGAACAAGUGCAUUGUCAGCGGCCACGUCGACGGCUCGAUCUGCCAGUGGGAUUGGAAGGCCAACGAAAAACUCAACUCAAUCAAACCACACGAAGAUGUCAUCUCGGAUAUGCAGAUGAGCACCGACCGCACCUAUUUCAUCACCACAUCAAAGGAUAAGACAGCAAUGGUCUUUGACGCGGACUCGUUGUCCCAUUUGAAGUCAUACCAAACCGAUGCACCCCUCAACUCGGCAUCCAUCACUCCCAAGUUCCAGGAAUUUGUCAUUUUGGGUGGUGGUCAGGAUGCCAUGAGCGUCACGACCACAUCGGCUCGUGCUGGUAAAUUCGAAUGUCGAUUCUAUCACAAGAUUCUUGAGGAAGAGAUCGGACGUGUACGUGGUCAUUUCGGUCCUAUCAAUACAAUUGCUAUUCAUCCUGACGGCAAGAGCUAUUCGAGCGGUGGUGAAGACGGUUACGUCCGUGUCCAUCAUUUUGAUCCCGAUUAUUUCAAGUUCAAGAUCGAAGCAUAAACACAAUACACGCACACCCAAAUCCACCUUUACAUACACACCUGACACAAGCACCUUACUCACAAAAAGUUGGCAUCGCCCCAAAAACGUUAUUAAAAGAAACUCGAAAACACGAAAAUGUAUAUUUUUUUAUAUAUAAAUAUAUAAUACGAAAGAAAAAAAUG